AGGACUCCGCACUCGCUCUCCUUAAUCCCUGGGAUCCCGGAGGAGGCGGAGAAGCUGUGGGAGAAUCUGGCGGGGGUGACAUCCAGACGUGCCCCGUAUACAGAAACUGGAAGCCAUUUGUGGUCUUUGCAAGGCAAACUUUUCUCUUGGGGGAGAAAAAAAGAGCAGAAUCGCUUGCAGGGAUCAGUCCUGCGGCCCCAGAAAUGGUCCCGUGAAGGAAAAGGCAUCUGGAGACCCACAGAGUCCUUGGAGCCAUUUGGAGUUGCUCUGCAGGACAGAGAAAGGAUGGAGACCCAACCUUUGGGAAAGGAGGGAGCCGGAAAAGGCCCUUCAGCUGCUCAGCCUGGGAAGUGGGGGAAGCUCUGGACUAGAACCGGGCAGAAGAUCCUGGAGGAGGAAACCAUCCUCCCUUCAGAAGUUCAGCCCUGGAACUUCAUCCAAUACCGGGAGGCGGAGGGUCCCCGAGGAAUUUGCAGCCAACUACAUGAGUUUUGCAGGCGAUGGCUGAGACCAGAAAAGCACACCAAAGCCCAGAUGCUGGACCUGGUGGUUCUGCAGCAGCUCCUGGCUCUCCUGCCCUCAGAGAUGGAGGGGUGGGUGCGGGAGUGUGGAGCAGAGACCAGCUCCCAGGCGGUGGCCCUGGCUGAAGGUUUCCUCCUGAGCCAGGCGGAGGAGCAGAAGGAGCAGGUCCAGUUGCAGUGCUGCACUGUGGAGAUCAGAGAUCCUGAGGGAAGGAAGAACCCAUCAAAUCCCCCCCAGGAGCUAUUUUUCAGGAGGAUCCCUUGGGAAGAUCAAAGUCAGGACACCUCAGGAGAGGAACAAAGAAUGAAGGUUUCUGGUUUUUAUGACGGAGAUCAAACAGCGGUUGACCCUCCAAAUCAAGAGAGUCUUGUGUCCUUCGAGGAGGUGGCUGUGUCUUUCUCUGAGGAGGAAUGGUCUCUUCUGGAUCCGGACCAGAAAGCGCUGCAUUCGGAAGUCAUGCUGGAAAACCAUAGGAACGUGGUCUCUCUGGGUAAUAAUGGACAGGAGAAUCAAGAUUUCUGUGAACGGUUUCAAGUGAUCUAUGCUAAAGAUGGAACAGAGAAGUUUGGAAUUCGAAUGGAAUUAGGAAGCCAUGAGAGAAACCAGUCAAAGAAUUGGAAUUGGGAAAGUUCGUCUUCCACCGAUGCUCCAAUGGAAGACUUUCUUGCCCAACAAAAGAAAAGAAUGAAAAAAUACAUUGAGAAAAGUGUGAAACUAAUCAAAGCUAAAGUACAAGUAAAUGAAAACUAUUUAACCCAAAACAAAGGAGAAGAUGCUAUAAGAAGACAUAACGGACAAAAUUAUAAUGGAACAUUCAUUCGUUCACUUGGAAAUAACUUACUUACAUCUGAAAAAACGAUUGACACAAAAGAGAAACCUUAUAAAUGUUUCGAAUGUGGAAAAUAUUUUAGAAUAAGCGGGCAACUCACUAUCCAUAAAAGGAUUCACACAGGGGAGAAACCAUUAACAUGCAUGGAGUGUGGAAAGACGUUUACACAGAGCACUGGAUUUACAAGACAUAACAAAAAGAUCCAUUCAGGAGAGAAAUCAUUUAAAUGCACGGAAUGUGAAAAGACCUUUGCUGAUAGCAGUACACUUACUAACCAUAAAAGAAACCACACAGGGGAGAAGCCAUAUAAAUGCAUGGAAUGUGGAAAGGUCUUUGCUCGAAGAGGUCAUCUUAUUUCCCAUAAAAGGAUCCACACAGGAGAGAAGCCGUAUAAAUGCAUGGAGUGUGGAAAGACCUUUGCUCAAAGAGGAAAUCUUAUUUCCCAUAAGAUGACCCACACAGGAGAGAAGCCGUAUAAAUGCAUGGAGUGUGGAAAGACCUUUGCUCAUAGCAGUAUACUUACUAAACAUAAAAGAAACCACACAGGGGAGAAGCCGUAUAAAUGCAUGGAGUGUGGAAAGACCUUUGCUCGAAGAGAUAGUCUUAUUUCCCAUAAGAUCAUCCACACAGGAGAGAAGCUGUAUAAAUGCAUGGAGUGUGGAAAGACCUUUGCUUAUUGUAGUGGCCUUAGAAGACACACAAAGCUCCACACAGGAGAGAAGCCGUAUAAAUGCAUGGAGUGUGGAAAGACCUUUGCUCAUAGCAGUACACUUACUAACCAUAAUAGAAACCACACAGGGGAGAAGCCAUUUAAAUGCAUGGAGUGUGGAAAGACCUUUGCUCGAAGAGAUAGUCUUAUUUCCCAUAAGAUCAUCCACACAGGAGAGAAGCUGUAUAAAUGCAUGGAGUGUGGAAAGACCUUUGCUUAUUGUAGUGGCCUUAGAAGACACACAAAGCUCCACACAGGAGAGAAGCCGUAUAAAUGCAUGGAGUGUGGAAAGACCUUUGCUCAGAAUGGUCCUCUUACUUCUCAUAAAAGGAUCCACACUCAGGAGAAACUAUAUAGCAAUAGCAAUUCCACUUAGAUUUAUAUUCUACUCCACAAUGCUUUACCACUUUAUCUCUGAGCAGUUUGCAAAUCUGGGUCCUCAUUUUAGGAACCUCAGAAGGUUGAAUUAACUACUAAAAGUAAUCUAUACGAGUUGAAGGUGUUUUCAAUAAAAUGCCAAUUUGAAACUU